AUGAUGAUGAAGAGAAGUAAAGAAAAUUCAAAGUCCUUCCCGAUUGAUCUCAUUCUCGAGAUACUUUCGAGGUUGCCUGCAAAGUCAACUGGAAGGUUUCGUUGCGUGUCGAAGCUAUGGUCGUCCAUGCUUCAUCGUCCAUAUUUCACAGAGUUGUUCAUGACCAGAUCUGUUUCUCGUCCACGUCUCUUAUUCGCCCUCGAAGAACCCGACGAGUGGAGAUUCUUCUCGUUGCCUCAAACAAACUAA